AUGGAUACCAAAGAUGAUGGUAUUUCUAGAUCUAUAAGAUAUGAUUCGGGUAAAUUUGAAGCUGGAGGCCUAAAAUGGAAGUUAGUUUUGUACCCAAGUGGAAGCAAGAGCAAGAAUGUAAAGGAUUAUAUUUCACUAUACUUGGUGUUGGAAGAAUCAAGCUCACUUCAUCCUGGUUGGGAAAUUUAUGUGAAUUUUAAGUUGUUUUUGUUUGAUCACAACAAUGACAACUACCUAGUUGUACAAGAUGCUGGGAAAAAGGAAUGGAGAUUUCACAGAAUGAAAGUUGAAUGGGGAUUCGAUCAAUUCAUUUCUCUCAAGGAUUUCAAUCUUGGCUCUAAAGGUUAUCUGGUAGAUGAUAUAUGUGCAUUUGGAGCAGAGGUCUUCAUUUGCAGGGAAAGAAACACAGGUAAAGGGGAAUCUUUAACAAUGAUGAAGGAUGCCCUACCCUUCAAGCAUGUCUGGGAGAUCAAGGACUUCUCAAAGUUAGAUUCAGAAUGUUGUGAAUCUGAACCAUUCAAUGUUAGAAACUUAAAGUGGCAAAUAAAACUUUAUCCCAAAGGAAGAGGCAUUGAAUUGGGCAAAUAUCUUGCUUUAUACCUAACUUUAGUUAACCCAACAGCCCUUUCACCAGUAAUUCCACCAGGUCAAUACUCUGGGUUUCUGGUGAAGGACACUUGCUAUAUAGAUGCCGAGGUUACAGUUCUUGGAGUGGUUGAUGUCUUGCCCUGA